AAAAUUUAAUUAUAUAAAUUUAAUGAUUAUUAUUUGCUGUCCGGGUAGAAACCUUGAACUCACCGUAGAACUCCCCCGUCUCACCACACCCGCGACAGAAAUCAGAAAUGAAAAAAAGCUAAAGGAUAUGAAACCCUCGGACCCUUCCAUAUUCAAACCCCUUAACCUCAAUCUCUGAUAAAAAUAUAAUAUUAUAAUAAAAACCCUUUUGGUUCUUUGGAUCUCUCUCGUCUGUGUUCUCUCUUUGUUACUAGGGUUUUGCUUCGGCUUUUGCUCUGCUCUUAUUUCGUAACAAAUAUCAGAUUCCUGUUUGGUUGAUUUGGAAGCGCAAGAAAAUGGCGAGAAUAUAGAAAGAAGUUAAUUCUUUUAGUUCUGUUUUGUCCCUGAUAUCCUAGUUUGCACAAAAAAAGUCCUCAAGUGUCAGUUUCUUGGUUUGUUGCUGCAAUGGGGGAUGCAGAAAAUUCGCUUCCACCUUCAAAGAAGAGGGCUGCUGGAAGAGAAAUUUCUCGGGAUAACCCUUGUCUCGGUGAUGAGGAAGAUUCUUCUGAACAAGAGACUGGAACUUUUAAGAGGGCUAGUGAUGAAGUGUUGGCAAACAGAAGAAUAGUCAAAGUUCGCAGAAAUCAAAACACUGCAACUGCCUCAUCCAAUCCUUUUUCUGGGAUUUGCUUGGUCCCCCCUGUGGAACCGACUGUUACUCCUGCUGCACCUAGUGCGGCCCCUGAAUCCAGCACAACCACCACUGAAGUUACAGCUGAAGCACCAAUUGCUAGUGAUAAAGAAGUUACAGAAGAUGGGAAAAAUGAUGUUAACAAAUGUGAAAAGAAUGAAGAUGGAAAUAAUCAGCCAGUGGAGAAAAAAGCAGAUGAAAAGGAUUGUGAGUGUUCGAAGAGUGAAAGUGAGAAUAUUAAAAAGUCCGAAAGUAAAAAGUAUGAGCCAGUUUCUGAUGCUAUUACUGAUAAGGAAAGUGCUGAGGAUAAGGGCAGUGAUGUUGUAAAUGAAGAAACUCAAAAGGAGGCCAAUGAUGAAAAACCGUCAGGAGUUAAGACCGAGGAUGAAGAUAAGAAAGAUGACAAGACUGCAAAUGCGGAUAACAAUGAUAAGAGUAGUGAAAAUUCAUAUUCAACUGCUGAAGUUGCAUCAUUGAGUUCGUUCCAACAGCUUUCAAGUAGCCAGAAUGCCUUCACAGGACUUGCUGGCACUGGAUUUUCUGCUUCUUCAUUCUCCUUUGGAUCUACUCCAAAGGAUGGUUCUACUAGUUCUGUUCCACUUUUUGGACAGAAAAAUGACCAGCCUUCUUUUGGUUUUGGUCUUUCAACAAAUGGAAACUCUUCCCUCUUCAACACAUCAGGGACUUCUAUUGUCUCUAAGAGCGAGGGAAGUGGUUUUCCAGCCAUGCAAGAGGUUCCAGUUGAGACAGGAGAAGAGAAUGAGAAAGUGGUAUUCUCAGCUGAUUCCGUGCUGUUUGAAUUCAUAGAUGCGGGGUGGAAAGAGCGUGGGAAGGGAGAACUUAAGGUGAAUGUCUCUACAACUGGGACACAAAGAGCCAGGGUACUCAUGAGAGCUAGAGGAAAUUACAGAUUGAUUCUAAAUGCAAGUCUUUACCCGGAUAUGAAGUUGACAAAUAUGGAAAAGAGAGGUAUAUCUUUUGCCUGCAUGAAUAGUACUGGUGAAAAGAAAGAGGGGCUGUCUACAUUUGCAUUGAAGUUCAAGGAUGCUUCCAUAGUUGAAGAGUUUCGUGCAGCUGUAAUGGCACACAAAGGUAGCACAGCUUCUGUUCUGAAGACACCUGAAAAUUCUCCUAGAGCCUCGGAAGGUUGAAAGGUGUCUUCCUUGAUCUGGUCUGUCCUGAACUUGCCAGUUGCAGUAGUCCUUUUUCUUUGUGGAAGAAAGGAUCUUGCUUGGAUAUUGCUUAUUCCUAAGCCCUUAUAUGUAGCAGACAGUCAACGGAGACAAAACAAAUCCUUUUUGGUUGUAAUGUGUAACCUGCGGGAGAAUGUUCGUACUUUUUUUUUUUUGGUCAAUCCUGGAAUGCAAUGUUUAACUGUUAUAUUACAGCUGUGCCCCUGAUCUGGGAUGCAUAUGAGGAAUUGCAGUGUCGCCUAUUUCAUAUUUUCGUUAGUCCUGAACUUUUCUCUUUAUUUUAAUUAAUUCCCCCAUAGAUUCUAAGCUCCAGAGAUAGAGUUGUAUUGUAUAGUUGUAUCAAAAAGAAAAAAAAUAAAAUAAAAUUGGGUAA